AAGUAGCUGAACACCCGUGGGACAACGCGAUUCAGGGUGGAAACAGAAGGCAGAGUGAGGCAAAUUCAGAACGACGGGGGAGUGUGACUGAAUAAUCGUGGAAACUUAAAGAGAAAUUCUGGGUCAAGAUUCGUAGAACGUUAGGUAUCAGAACGAUGUGAGAGGAAUAUAUGGGUGAACACCAAACGGGCAAGGAAGAUUCGACGAAAUCACGAACACGUGGCGGGACGUGAAGCGGGCGUUGAGCCUGCUAUGUGUAAAGAAAUUCUCCGGCAGCGGCACGAUGCUGGAAGCACCGCCCGGAAGUCGGGAGGACCUCGUGGAGGCAGCACGAACACCAUGCACACCCACAGAUCUGGACACGAUGUUAUAUGGAUACACGAACAACAUAUAUGUGCUGGACCACACUCCUGAAUCGCUGCCGGACAUGGACAUGCUGCAACUGUUCGCCUCGCCGGCGGGACGAGCGUUGCUCACCAGUGACAAUCGGCGGAGAGGAUCGACGUCGACCUCCUCCUUGUCUCGAGAGUCCUCUUCGAGGCUGAAGAGAGGCAGAAGACCAUCGGGUACAGUCAGUGCGCCGACCACACCACCAAGGCAACGGAAAUCGAGCGCGGAACUGUACAAAGAAGCUGUCGAGAUUCUUGGUCUUACCUGUUCGUUGACCGAUAGCUGCCCAUGCAUCGAUUGCCAGAGUAAUUAUUUCGACUGCGACGAAGAUUUCGGCGAUGCGAGAACGGAAUUGGCUGCAGGCACGCCCAUCCUGCUGGACCACGCUUUGUCACAUCCAUUGACGUGUUCCAUACAGUAGCAGCUGAAUAUCGCGUUUCGAGUACGACUUUACAUCCGCCUGUUCUGCCAUCUGACGAAACGGAAAUCAUCGAGGUGUCGAGGAUCCAUCGGGAACGCUGAAUUCAGAGCAAAGUGGGAACGCGUGUACUUGAACGUGUACAGCGUGUACGUUUAACGCCUGUACUUUGAUCUCUGAAAACUCUCAAAACGAGAAGAUCGCGUGAAUUAGAAAAUAGAAACGAGUAUAUAAAGAGCUGAAUCUUAAAUGCUGAUUUUUCGAUAAUUUCGUUAAAUAAUUUCGUCAAAGGAAAACGAAAAACGUUCAACGCGCCGAAAAUCUGCACCAAGGUCUUGAUUCUCAUCGAUAUGCUUCUGAAAAUGUUCACGCGUCUUCUUCCAACGUCUGAUAUUGCGUUCAUUAAGUUCUUCGGCGAUAUAAUAGAUUGUAAUCGAUUGUAUGUAUGUACGUGUACAGGAAACGCUAACGUUAUAUUAUAUUAUAUGGUGAAAAGACGUGUUAAUAACCCUAAGAUUUUGUAUCUUUCAAUUGCGUUCAAUCGUAAAAUCGUUAAGAAUUUACUUGCUAGUAACAGACACGAAGUUUCGAUCGUACUUAACACAAACGAAGAGCAGGGGUUUCCGACUUGAAAAACGCGAUCUCAUGUGAUUCAUUCGAUCAUCGUUCUCCUCUCGAUGGAACACGAUAUUAAUUAUAACGAUAAUUAAAAAAGGAAAAAAAAAAAAGAAAACGAGACACAACCAUCGCGAACGAUAAAUAUAUAAUUUGUGGACAAUACAUCGUAACGGAAUAAGUCACUGCUCCGAUUGUUUCUCCUCUUUUUAUAUGAAACGAAGAAAAAGAUAAUAACGCAGGCUUACGUUAUUACGUAUCUAGGAAUAUCUAUGUACAAAAUAUGCCCCCUGAAUGUACAACAGUUUGCCGGUAAUCGCGCCUGGCUGCUAAAAAUUGAUGGAAACAAAUAUCGAGAUAACAAACAUACAUACAAAAAAAAAAGAGAUAAAACUAGAAAAUCGAAAUUCAUCGUUUCACGUUUUUAUUAUUAAAUAUUUCUAUAUAUAUAUUGUCAUCGAUACCGAAUAAAAAUAUCUAACGCGACCUUAAAUUUCGAGCAAAAAUUUCUGUACGCGCGUACGGAGGAAAGAGAAAUAAAAUAUAUAAUAAAUGGUAUAUAUCGAAAAAAUACAAUAUGGUCGUCUGGCUCAAAUUCGACGAAUUUAUUUAUCGUCGCGAAACGAUACACAUGCCAAAUGAUAUAAAAAACAAAUGCGCCAAAUUUCUAUAUUAAUUAGCGAUAACGAUACUAAAAAUAAAUAA